GCGGAGGGGGGAGGCGGCCGCUGUUCCUGGAAGAGCCCGGCCUGGGGAGUUGGUCACAUUCUUGGCUGGGAUUCAAUGACUGAGGCAGACACCAACAAACAGAGCGGGGGGAGGAGGAGGAGGAGUGAGGGAGGCUGAGCCAGCCUGCAUUAGCUCAGCUCUCAGGCACUCUCAGUCUCUGCUGGAAAGAGGAGCUGGGAGGAUGUGCGCUCUGUUACCGCGGCUCCCCACGGCACGGCGAGAAGACCGAGAGAAAUAAGGGAAGAAAGGCGAACCGAGAGACGAGGAGUCCUCCCAGAUCAAGCUGAGGGACCACGAGGGCGAAGGGAGCCUGCUUAUUGCCCGUCCGAAGCCCCCGCGCCGUUUUGGAAGUGCCAGAGAUUUGGGCCUUUUCUUCUGCGUUGUUCCCUUCCACAGACCAAGCUUUCUUCCUCCUCCUGCUUUUUACUUUCCUCCCCCGCGCCUUCUUUUCGGUGGAUAUGGACAGAAGGGUGAUUACUGCAGAGAAGCAGCAGCCGCCAGAACAUAUUUGAGCCCCUGGUGCUCGGAGCGUGGCACAGACUUUUUGUAUUUCUGUGGGUGGCGUGUGCGUGUGUGUGUGUGUGUGAGUGAGUGAGUGUGUGUGUGUGUGUGUGUGUGUGUGUGUGUGGUGGAGGUGUGGGAGGCGGGAUUGGUUUGCCUGGGGGGUUGGCUGAGGGGGUGAGUGCUCGGAUGAAGACCUCUUUUUGCCGUGACUCUGUGCUCCAUCGGGGCAGCUUGGAGACUUGGAGAUUUUGAAAUUGUAACGAACCACCAGAAAAGACAGAAGAGAGAGACACGCAUACAAAAGGAUUUAUUUCCUAUUCGUUAGUGGAUUGUUAAACCUGAGUGGGAAGGAAAAAAAAAAACAAGGAAACUAAAAAAUGGAGACUGUAAGUAGAAGCAGCUUCCAGCCUCAUCCAGGACUGCAGAAGACCUUGGAACAGUUUCAUCUGAGCUCUAUGAGCUCCCUGGGUGGCCCUGCUGCUUUCUCAGCACGAUGGGCACAGGAGAUGUACAAGAAAGACAAUGGCAAAGACCCAGCAGAACCUGUACUGCAUCUGCCCCCUAUCCAGCCUCCGCCGGUAAUGCCUGGUCCCUUCUUCAUGCCCUCGGACAGAUCAACAGAGAGGUGCGAGACCAUCCUGGAAGGGGAAACCAUCUCCUGCUUCGUGGUGGGUGGAGAAAAGCGGCUUUGCUUGCCCCAGAUCCUGAACUCGGUGCUCAGGGACUUCUCCCUGCAGCAGAUUAAUUCGGUGUGUGAUGAGCUACAUAUUUACUGCUCCAGGUGCACUGCUGACCAGCUGGAAAUCCUCAAAGUCAUGGGCAUCCUGCCCUUUUCUGCUCCUUCCUGCGGGCUCAUCACUAAAACUGAUGCUGAGAGGCUUUGUAACGCCUUGCUUUAUGGUGGCACCUAUCCUCCCCACUGCAAGAAGGAAUUCUCUAGCACAAUUGAGCUGGAGCUUACAGAGAAGAGCUUCAAGGUGUAUCAUGAGUGCUUUGGGAAGUGUAAGGGACUCUUGGUGCCAGAGCUUUACAGUAACCCCAGCGCAGCCUGCAUCCAGUGCUUGGACUGCAGGCUUAUGUACCCACCUCACAAAUUUGUGGUCCACUCUCACAAAUCGCUGGAAAACAGGACUUGCCACUGGGGCUUUGACUCCGCAAACUGGAGAUCCUAUAUCCUCCUCAGCCAGGAUUACACUGGGAAAGAGGAGAAAGCUAGACUGGGCCAGCUCUUAGAUGAAAUGAAAGAAAAAUUUGACUAUAACAACAAAUACAAGAGGAAAGCCCCCAGGGUCCCUUCAGAUCCUCCUGCUUCCAAAAAGCCCAAAAUAGAUGACUCUGCUUCCCAAUCUCCAGCUUCUACUGAGAAGGAAAAACAGUCCAGUUGGUUACGGUCCUUAUCCAGUUCAUCUAACAAGAGUAUUGGCUGUGUCCAUCCCCGUCAGCGUCUCUCAGCUUUCCGGCCCUGGUCCCCUGCUGUAUCAGCAAAUGAGAAAGAGCUCUCAACCCAUCUUCCCGCAUUGAUCCGAGACAGUUUUUACUCCUACAAAAGCUUUGAAAAUGCUGUGGCCCCCAAUGUGGCACUUGCACCUCCAGCCCAACAGAAAAUUGUGAGCAACCCCCCCUGUGCCACAGUAGUAUCACGGAGCAGUGAGCCGCUGAGCAGCACUGUCCAGCCGCGGAAAAGAAAACUUGCUGCAGAGAACACAGCUAUCCCAGAAGCAGCAGCCGCUGUUGCGGCCACUGUUACUGCCACUGAAGAGGAUAAGGAAUCAGAAGCAGAAAUUGAAGUGGAAACCAGGGAAGAAUUCACCUCCUCCUUAUCCUCGCUCUCCUCCCCAUCCUUUACUUCAUCCAGCUCUGCAAAGGACAUGAGCUCACCUGGGAUGCAGGCCCCAGUCACAGUCAACAGUUCAUACGAGGUUGCGCCACAUUCUGACUCUCACAGCAGUGGGUUGGAAGCUGAGCUGGAGCACCUACGGCAGGCCCUGGACAGUGGCCUAGAUACAAAAGAAGCCAAAGAAAAAUUCCUCCAUGAAGUUGUUAAAAUGAGAGUGAAGCAGGAAGAGAAGCUAAAUGCUGCCUUGCAAGCCAAACGCAGUCUACACCAGGAGCUGGAGUUCCUACGAGUGGCUAAGAAAGAGAAACUGAGAGAAGCAACAGAGGCGAAGCGCAACUUAAGGAAAGAGAUAGAACGUCUGAGAGCUGAGAAUGAGAAGAAAAUGAAGGAAGCCAAUGAGUCUCGGAUACGACUGAAGAGGGAACUGGAACAAGCCAGGCAGAUCCGGGUGUGCGACAAGGGCUGUGAAGCAGGCAGGCUCCGGGCCAAGUACUCAGCCCAGAUUGAGGACCUACAGGUUAAGCUUCAGCAUGCAGAGGCUGACAGGGAGCAGCUCCGAGCUGACCUGAUGCAUGAAAGGGAGGCUCGGGAACACUUGGAAAAAGUAGUCAAGGAACUUCAGGAACAACUGUGGCCUAAAUCAAGCAGUCAACCCAGCAGUGAAAACACAACAAGCAACAUGGAGAACUAAACCACCACCACAUCAUCUAAUACACCUACAGAAUGACAUAUAUGCACAGUAAGGGAGGAUGCGUGGGGUACGUGUGUAAGUGCAUGUGUGAGUAGUUGUGUCUUGGCACACAGAUCCGUGAAUAUGGAUUCUUACUAGGUGGAAGGCCAAUGUUACUCUUUAUAACAGAAGCACUGAAUUACGCCUCUUUUUUUUUUUUCCAACCCAUAUAGCACAACAUCUUACUGUGCCUAUAAAACACAAAGUGUUUAUAAACAAAAUACUUUUAAGUCCACAGCAAAUUUUCUACUGGCAAACUCCAAGCAAGCAGCAUCGUCCAACUAAAAUCAGAGUAAAAGGCAAGCAUGGCAGUGUUUUUAUGUUGCCCUUCUGCCUGUUGGAACAUUUUGGAAUUUAAAAACAAACUUUUCUUAUAAGCUAUUUAAAAUAAUUCAUUACACAGACUUGGUAUUAAAAAAUUAACAAGAUUUUUAUAAUGAACCUGUAAAAGCAAAACAAAAAAAAAACCUUCAAUGCACAAUUUUUAAUGACUUGUUACAGGCUUUGGGAUUCUUAACGUAGAAGCCCUCUGGUGAUGAUGCCAUUUCAUUAGCAGUUUUCCAGCCAUCUAGGAAGCCGUCACAGUUUUAAUCCCGUCACGUGGUUGUAUGAGAAUUUCAGAGUGCUUUUCAAAGUUGAUUUUUUCUGUAGAAAGAAUUAUCUUCAUUUCCUGUCCUGAACACAAGAAGAAAGGAAGAUGCAGGAUUGUCAAGGGGGUGGGCGGGGGGACGAGAAGAUGUACGCUUUAGAAUUCCAAACCCAGCCUUACAGACUUCAGUGUUUGCAAAUCAUGCCAUCUUUUCUAAAGACAUCUUCAUUAACUGAUGUGUUCAAAAGACUCACUUCAUCCAAGAGCACUUCAGCUUUAGGAAAAGAAAGAAGGAAAUAAAGGAAGGAAAUGGAUGAUCGGUUGAGAAAUAAAGCAGAAGACACAUGCGUUUUGAAGUCAUUCUGAAAUCUUUACUUCAGCUUUCAGUUUUCUGGAAAACUCGUCUUUGUUGCACCAUCUUACCAUAAAUUCAGUAUUUACCUGCUUUUAUUAUAAACCAUCAGUCAGGAUUUCUGUGCCCAAGGAGAGUGCAACAUUGCAUUAUCAGAUACUACAGAAAAGAAAAACAUUUUUGCUGCUGUGAAUAAGCCUACAUCUUUUUAAAAAAACAAAACAAAAACAAAAACUUUUUUGUUUUUAAAAAGAGCAAUUACUUUAAUUUUGGGAUCCAAGCCGCAGCCCCGGAAUAAAAAUGCAGCACGCCAUCACUUUGUCUUAUUGUUGUUGUUGUUAUUGGUGGUGGUGGUGAUUUUUUAAUUUUUUUUUUUUUUUAAACUGCACUUUGUCACAAUCUUACUCUGCAUUUUAUUCCACGUUUCUAAAGUUUACAAGUCAAGCAUUCUAGAUUCUACCCUGCCUAACAGAUGUGAAAAUCAUCAACCCCAUUUUCCACCAUGUGACACCUUGCCUCAUCAUUUACAUGUAUGCAGUGAGGAUUCAGCAGGUACCGAAUGCUGCCAAAUACGAAUUCACCAGACCAGUGCGCUGCUGGUUGAGUUUUAAACCUGUUUUGCGUGACUUUGUAUCUAACAGCAGCUGGGAAGCAGUCGAGAUGCUCCCGGAAGUGCUUAAAGAGAGCUGGUGCUUUACUGAACAAGAGAAAAGUUAUUUUCACCCGUAAACACUCACCUCUUACACACUCAAGCGUAUCGGCAUAAAGUGAAAAUUUGAUCUGGGGCUGCAGACGUGCCUUCCAGCUCAUUUUUCCUCUCAGCAUCUUAUACAGGCAAUGCUGACACUUUUUUUACCUUAAAGAAUAAAAACGGAAAAAAAAAAAAAAAGAAAAAAAAAAAGAAAAAAACCCCUAUGCAUCAUCAUACACAGAAGUUAUUCUAAACGAAGAAACAUAUUUCCAGUAAUCUUUAUUUGCUUUUGGACAUUAAUGCAAACUAUUUAAUCUUAAAAAUUAUUUCCCAGUAGACAGAAAGCGGCUUCCAAUCCUAAAAUUAUAGUAUUUACUUACAUUAGAGAGAUAUUUUUUUUUUUUAAACAAGAGCUGUUUGCUUGAAACCAUUAUGAUAACCAUUAUAAUAACUGUGAGCAUUAACAAAGAAGUUCAUAUAUAUGUUUUAGGUACAAAAAGAAGAAAUAUGAAAGGAGUACAAUUACUGGGACAAUGUAAAACUGUUGGGAGCAAGAAAGAGUUAUACCAAGUAAAUUACAUGAAACUGUCCGUUUAUACAGGGGUUUGCCCUUGUGUGUUUGGGAUGCUGGAGACUGAGUCUAGAUGCAGGUCUCCUCUUCUAAAGUGCAAUGCAAAAGGAAUUUUGAUUAUGCUUAAGCAGGUUUUUUUAAUGUGGGGUUUUUUUUUUUCUUCUUUGUAUGUUUUUUUUCUGCGAUUAUUAAAUCAUAUGCAUGGAAUUAAAAUCUCUGCCAUACGUAUAUUCAUUAAUGGGCAUUAUUACUGUCUUAUGUAAAGGGUUUAUUUUGUUAUGCAGUAUGCAUAAAAAUGUUCUCAGCCUUAUGAUUUCCAGAUCUGUAUUAUUCACGUAUUUCUUCAAGGGAAACUAAAUAAUUUUAGCUUUAGUUGAUCAUUGUGCAUUUCAAAAGCCUCAUAUGCUAUGCUUUACUGCCAUGUUAAGAAAUUACACAUAGAACAAAUGUAUUCCCACCCCCACUGCCAGCUUCUUUGAAGCCUUACGUCUUAAGUUUUGUUUGUUUGGGUUUUUUCCCCUGAGCUUUGAUUGCAUCUCACCCCUUAGGACUCAACACAAAAUGGCAACAUGUCCUUCUCUGUGUUUUUCAUAGGAAAAGCGGCCCACUUACCUGCAGCACCUGACAGUUUGUCUUUCUUGUGCGUCUAGGGGAGCAUGCUGAUUCACUGGCACAAUUUCUGCUGUGCAUAUGAUGCUUUUAUCCUCCAAAAUUAAUGAAAUCUGCAUUUUUUCAAAGGAAAAAAACAGAACAGUAAAUAGGCUUAUCAAUAGUAAAUAGUCUCGUCAAACAAGCAGCAUCACCUGUGCUUCACAUCCAACAGGGAUAAGAUUUGCAAGAAAGAAGUCCCCAAAAUAAAGUCACAACUAUUGUUACAAACCCAUGGUUUCUUCUUUCACCAUGCAUGAUGGUAAUUCGAUGAAGUGUAAAUGAACUUCACAUUGUUUGAGGUUAAGACUCAACAGUAUUUGAUCCUUGGGAGUGAAAACUUCCUAGUAAAAACACUUCUAUAACUUACGAUUUAAAAAUCGGUAAGAUGAAAUAAGGUGCAAGACGACUGAGAACAAACAUUCUACACCAGCAGUUAAUCAGUAGGACAGGUUUACAGCAUAGGAGUCUAUCUUAAUUAAUUUUGUCUUUCCUAAAUACAUUUUAAACAACAAAGUCUUUAUUUCUGCAGAAUAUAUAAUUUAAUUCAGAAUUCCUGUGCAUGUAAUUUAUUUUAAAAUUGUCAGAAGAUGGCCACAGAGACACUAAUCCUAGAAAAGGGCUGUCAAAACAGUGGGAGUCUUCGGCGGGGGGGGGGGGGGGGGGGGGAAUUCGUGAAGGUGCUUAAGGUGAGGGAGUUCUGUGUGUAAUUUCUCUGUCUGCAACACUUCAGGAAAACAACUGUUAGCCCGUUCAGAUGGAACUGCUUUCCUUUUGACUUACCGUGGAGUCCCUGCUGCAUUCCAUUUGCACUCCAGCCUGUGAGUGUAGGAAUUGUAAAGUCACAUCUUCUCAUUUCAUCUGCUCUUUAGUUUCCUUUAAGAAGUUAAAAGGGAGAAGAGGUGUUUCAUACAGGCUGUUGACUCUCCCUGUACUUAAAAAUAUAUUACUUAAUACUUGUAUAUUCAGUUUAAUUACUCAUUGUUUCUAUUACUGAAAGAAGACUUAACGAAGGGAAAAAAAACCAACAGCAAUAACAUUCAUAUCUAUGGAGCAGCUAACUAGUAUACAUAAUAUUCUGCUUUUCAAACAGAACUAGCCAAUGUAAAAAAAAAAAAAAAAAAAGUUAAAAGUAAAUUCAACAUGUAAAUACUUUUUUUCAUUUUACACUGUUGUAUUAUAAGUGUAUAUGGUGUUUACUUUUUCAAAACUCUUUCUUACCUGGUAGUUGUCUUGUUUUAUGAGUUGUGUUUUUAACUAAGAAGAACCUUUGCUGUCUGUUAGGAAAAACAAAACAAAAUCUUUUUGCAAGUUUUAAAUGUGGGUUAACCUUUCUCCAUCAUUUGCAUUUUAUUUGUCCUUAUUUUCACUGUAAAGUAUUUUAUUACCAAAAGAUUGAUUUUCUUUCCAUUCUGCCCUCUCAUCAGUCCAUGUGUUUUUGAGAGAAGUAUUUUGUUGGUUUGGUUGUUGUUUUGUUUUUGGUUUUGUUUUUUUUCUUUUUUUUUUUUUUUUUUUUUAAUCAAAAGAACUCACAGAAAUGACAUUUUUUCAAUUGAAGAAAAAUAAAUCUUUACAUUUAUAAUAGCCAAUAGCAUUUCAGCACAUUUUUGUUAUCCUGGUCUCUCCUAUGCUGCUGCUAAUGACAAUAUUAUGACUUACUCUACUAUUCUAGAACUAUUUUUAUGUAAGUAAUGUAUGCUUUCUUGUUUAUAAAUGCCUGAUUUAAAAAAAAAAUAAGAAAAAAGCUUGGCAUAUUUAUCUAUUUCGCUGUGUACCUUGAUAGUCCUUUUCCACCCCCUUUUCCACAUCCCCUCCCCUUGAAGCAGAUAAUAUUGUAAAAUAAAGGACUUUAUGAGAUUAUGUAUGAAAAUAGCUAUGCUUAUAUACCACAGUGACUGAAUGUACAGUGUAUAGACGCAUUACCUAAAAUAAAAUUGUUUGUCCAGAAAAAAAUAAA